AUGUGUGCGGAAGACGUUGAGAAGCUUGUGAAUAACCGACUUCGAGACUUAAAGAUUGGAGGAAAUUUCGAAGAUGCACUACGCAUGGAGGUAGACCGAGCAAACUCCUCACCUUUCACGGCCGAAAUCGAGCAAGUUGCUCUCUCGAAAAGAUUCUCAACGCCCUCUUUCACAUGCUUCAAAGGGGAUUCCGAUCCUGAAAUCCAUCUGAAGCAUUUCAAGAGCCUUAUGAUCCUACACAAAACUGAAGACGCUCUAAUGUGCAAGGUGUUUGCAAUGACUUUGAGAGAAGCAGCUCAGGACUGGUUCCACACCCUGCCAUCCGGGUUGAUCAGUAGCUUCAAGGAGCUUGCUUAUGUCUUCACCAAAGAGUACACUUCUUAUCGGACAAUCAAGAAGAACCCUGACCAUCUGCUCAACUUGCACAAGAAGUCCGAUCAAUCCCUCCAAGACUACAUCAAGAGGUUCAAAGCGGAGAGGGCAAACAUUAUAGGAUGUGAUGACAAAAUUGGGUGCUCCGCAUUCAAGAGGGGGUUGCCAACUGAAUGUGAGCUGUAUCGCGAGCUGACCAUCUCCCCUUGCCAAACAUUGGUAGAAGUCUUCGCUACAGCAGAGCGCUACGCACUAGGGGACGACGACCAGAUCGCAGCAAAGAAGGCUGAUCAAGCAGCUGAGCAGGCAAGCCAAGAGAACAGCAAGCGCAGAUCACAGCCUCAAGAAGGUGCUCCCGCAGUGGAGAGCUACACCAAUUUCACUAUUCCGAUACACCAAAUCCUGGCCCAAGUAAAGGACAUGCCUUGGUUGAAGAAACCAUCGCCUUUAAAGGGAAACCCAACUAAGAAGGAUACCAGUAGAUACUGCACAUUCCAUGAAGGACACAGUCAUUACACAAACGACUGCUUCGCCUGGAAAAGGCACCUCGAAGAUCUAGUCAGAGACGGCCAUUACACAGAAUUCAUCGCAAUGGGGGCUAUCCAGCAAAUCAAGGAUUGUGACGUAGCUAACAAUGAGCCUCCACGAAAAAAGUCAUAUGGAUCAACACAAUCCUAG